AUGGCUCCUAACGUCCCUGGUGCAAGCAGUUUUCCUUCCGGCGCCGUUCCCGUCGCCAGUACCGCUCUUCCCAUGCCCUCCGCCAAGGUCGCAGCAACGCCAUCUGUACAGAUGCGUGCGCCACACGCAAGCCGGCUCAAGCUGGCCCCGGGCCCUGCUGACGUGGCGGGCAACCCGCGCAAGUGGACCCCGCCACCGCCGCAGGACGGCAUCCCAUUGCACGAGCGGCCCGAGUGGCUGCGCGACGAGGCGUUGCCGUUUCUGGAGCUGUUUGAGCGCAACGUGAGGAAGUUUCCGAGCAAGGCCGCAGUGACGUGGGUGGAGGAGAAGGGCGUGAUCAAGCAGUCGUAUACAUACGAGGAGCUGGACGCGCUGUCUCGCGCCGUGAGUGCGUCGCUGGUGGGCGAGUGGGGGGCAGCGCGGGGCGACCGAGUGGUGCUGCUGUACCCGCCCGGCCUCGACUUCCUCAUCGCCUUCAUCGCCUGCCUGCGCUCUGGAGUGGUAGCGGUGCCAGUGUACCCGCCCAACCCGCGCGAGCUGAAGAAGGACGUCGAGAAGCUCACUCGCCUCGUCAACGACUGUGGGGCGCGCAUCGUGCUCUCCACCUCCGAGUAUCGCUCCAAGAUCCGCCUGUCACUGCUGAAGCUCGUGCGCUGGCCGGGCGAGCACUGGUACAACACCAACGGCAUCAAGCCACUCCCUCGCAGCGCGGCUGAGAAUGGCAGCAGCAGCAGCAACGAGAAUGGCACUGGCGGUGCUGGCAAUGCGAACGGCACUGGUGGCAGCAGCAGCAGCAGUGGUGGCAGUGAUGAGAUAGCGUUUCUGCAGUACACGUCAGGGUCGACGGCUGAUCCCAAGGGCGUCAUGAUCACGUACACCAACAUCGCCCACAACGUCAUGUUCAUCCGCCGGACCCUGCGCAUGCAUUCUGGUAUCCGCUUCUUCAGCUGGCUGCCUCAGUACCACGACCUGGGGCUCAUAGUGGCGUAUCUGAGCACGCUCACAGCGGGCGGCAGUGGGGUGUACAUGUCUCCUAUCGACUUCAUCCACCGCCCCGCCUCCUGGCUGCAGUGGAUGAGUCGCCUCAAGAUCACCCACACUGCAGCGCCCAACUUUGCGCUUAACCUUGCCACGCGCAAGUUCGUCCCUUCCAGAGAUGCCGCCCUGCCCGCCCCCUUCCUCUCCGCCUCCCUCCCACCCUCCUCCUUCCCUACCCCUCUCAACCCCUCCUCCACCCCUUCCACCGUUCUCAACCCAUCUGCUGCGCUUCCCACCGCUCUGGACCUCUCGUCACUGGAAUGUUUCCUGAACGCGGCCGAGCCGGUGCGGCCGGAGGCGAUAGAGCGGUGGAAUGCGGUGCUGGGGCGGUACGGGUGGGAUCCGUGCGGCAUGUGCCCGUGCUAUGGGCUGGCAGAGCAUGUGGUUGGCGUGUCAGGGUGGGGCAGCAAGCUGCUGCACCUCCCAGACAUCACGCUACACAGCAGCGGCCACCUCGCCACGUACCCCGUGGACGGGCGGGUUGUCAUCGUCAACCCGGAGACGCAUGAGGAGUGCGCAGAGGGCGUGGAGGGCGAGAUCUGGGCGCGCAGCUGCCACGUGGCGCGUGGCUACUGGGGCAAGCCGGAGCUGUCAGAGGAGACCUUCCGGGCGCGCAUGAGGGAGGGAGCACCCGGCUCCGACAGCGGCUUCUACCUGCGCACGGGGGACCUGGGGCUGGUGGUGGCGCAGCAGCUGUUCAUCACGGGGCGCAUCAAGGACCUCAUCAUCGUGGGCGGCAAGAACUACUACCCGCAGGACAUCGAGCUCACCGUCGAGUCCGUUUCCGACACCAUUCGCCCCGGCUGCUGCGCCGCCUUCAGCGUGAACAAGACGAGCCACGGGGCGGCACCGGGCGGCAAGGGAGCGGCAGCAGACAAGGGAGAAGGGGCUGGGGAGAAGGGAGAGGAGGAGGAGGUGGUGGCAGUGGUGGUGGAGGUGAAAUCGGUGGCGCAGGAGGGGUGGUGGCGGGGUGGGGGAGGAGGGGGGGCAGGGGAGGGUGGGUUGACGAAGCAGCAGAUGAAUGAGCUUGCAGGGGAGAUUCGGAGUGCCGUGGUGCGCGCGCAUGGCGUCAUGCCUGCCAUCGUGGCUAUCAUUCCGCCUCGCACGAUCCCCAAGACCACGAGUGGCAAGAUUCGGCGCAAGGAGACGAGCCACCGACUCACUGCAGGCACACUUAACGUGCUCAACAGUAACUCGCACAUGGAGGGCGGCGCUGGAGAGACCAUUGAGAGUCUGCAUUCGAUUCCUGAACCGUCUGAGGCGAAGGGAGGAGAGGAGGGCGUGGUGAUCAUCGAAGAGGAAAAUUCUGCUCAGGUGCCUCAAAAGGAGGUGCUGACUGGCGGAGAGGAAAGGGAGAGUGGGGAAAGGGAGGAGGCAGGCAGCAUGAAGGUGGUAGAGGAGGAGGGACAGGUUGGAGGAGAAGUGGUGAGUGAGAAAGAGAGUGUGGAGGUAAAGGAAAGGAAAGGUGAAGCUGGAGAUGGGAUGAGUGAUGCCGCAGGAGCGAGUGUAGGUGCGAGUGUAGGUGCAGGAGCAGGGGUGCGGUCUGAGGGAGCAGAUGAAGCAGAGGAGGAAGCAAAUGUAGUGGCACCACUGGCAGUGGUGUCAGAAGCAGCAGCAGCAGCAGCAGCAGCAGAGGGCGACAUGGCAGGGGCAAAGGAUGGGCAGGGCAAAGAUGCAGAAGGGGAUGGGGCAGCGGAAGAAGAGGAGGACAUGGGUGCGGCCAAGUGGGAUGGCAUGGGUGUGGAGGCAGCUGUGAAGGCCAUCAUGGGUAUCCAUGACCUGGAGAUUGCCGGAGAGCCACUGCUGAUCGACAUAGGCCUCACGUCCAUGAACGGCAUGGAGGUGCUCGAGCUGCUGGAGAGGCGCUGCGACCGCAGGCUUGUUGUCGAUGACAUGGAGCGACUCACCAUUGGACAUUUGCGCCAGCUGGAUCAGGGCAUCCCCCUCCCUGACACAUUCGAGAGUGACGACGAGGACGAGGAUGAAUGA